CAUUGCUCUGCUUCACUGUCGAGUGUCGACCAUGACUGAUAAGAACCCUAGUUUUCAUUUUUCCACAAAUAAACCUCUGAAUCCGAUCAUUGGGUGAUUUUGAUGGGCACCAAGUUGUAGCUUCCAAGUGUGUUGUUGAUCUUCUGUUGGAAAAAAGAUGGAUAUUGGUUCCAAAGACUUAAUCAGCAGUCUAUCAGACGCUCUUGUUUGUCACAUUUUGUCCUUCCUCUCCACAAAAGAUGCUGCUCUGACUUCAGUUCUGUCGAAAAGGUGGAGGCUUCUGCUGGCUUUUGUACCAAAUUUGGAUUUUGACGACUCCAUCUAUGACCAUCCUGAAUUGAGUAGAUGAAAAGGGCUACAUUUGCACCAAAGUUUCAAUGCUUUUGUCGAUAGAGUAAUGGCUUUGCAAAGGAAUGCUUCGGUAAACAAAUUCUCUCUAAGAUGUGAAAAUGGUUGUGAUCCAUCUCGUGUCAAUGGUUGGAUAUCCAAUGUGCUGGAGCGUGGUGUAGUAGAUCUUGAUCUAUACGUCUCUCCGGAUUAUGAUUAUCUUCUGCUUUCUAAGGUUUUGAUGAGCAAGACAUUGGUUAGGCUGAGAGUAGAAGGUAUAGAUUACCUCAACACUGAUGUGGGAGGUUUUUUUCUUCCAAAGCUCAAGACUUUGUAUCUUGAUGAUGUUGCACUCAAAGAGACCGGUUCUGCAUUUUCCAAGCUAAUCUCUGGUUGUCAUGUCCUUGAGGAGUUGGUUAUGACUGAAGUGAUAUGGGAUUUUUGGGGAUCUUGCUCUAUUUCUAGCCCAAGCCUCAAGAGACUAACAAUUUUCUGUGAUUACAUUGAGAUGAAUCCAGAGAGUGUAUCAUUCCAUACUCCAAAUCUUGUCUUCCUAGACUUUACUGAUACUGUUGCGGUCAAGUAUCCUAAAGCAAUUUUUGAUUCUCUAGUUGAAGCUAGAGUCGAUCUUCGAACGACACUUUAUCAGAAUAGCCAGACGGAGAUUCAGCUGAUGCAACAUAUUUCUUUAUGGGAAUACGCAAUGUUCAGAUCCUUGACUUAUCUGCCAAGACCCUUGAGGUACUUACUAUCUGCUGCAAAGCAAUACCGGUCUUCGAUAACCUGAUUCAUUUGACAAUCGAGACUGACCAAAAAUUAGGAUGGGAAGCAUUGCCCAAUUUACUCAAGAAUUGUCCAAAUCUUGAAACCCUUGUCUUCCAAGUACGAACACAUACUUUGCCUACUCAUCAGCUGACGCAUUUGUUUUUUCAAACACACUUAAAAAAACCAGUUCUUUACUAUACUUCAUGGACUCCAUUACAAAGAUACAGAUCAAUGUGAAGAUGAGAGAUACCAUUUCAAAGAUACAAACAGUUGUUGGGACAUGUAUGGGGACAGAUGCAUGUGCAAACCUUGGGAAGGCACUCUUACUUGCCUAUCAUCAAGCCCGGUGAAGAUGCUAAAGGUAUUCAAGUUUGGAGAAAUUUCUAAUUGCGACGAUGACAUGGAUAGGCAGAUGAAGGUGAUAAAGUACUUGCUGGAGACAAUGCCAAAUCUUGAACAAGUGAUAUUACACUAUGAUACUCCAUUUGAUGAUGACGUGAGUACAGUGUCAACUGCACUUCAGAUGCUUGAAAAAGUAGCCUCAACCAAAUGCAAAAUUCAAGUAAUCUCUGAUAACAUUAGCUUCUCAACUACUGUGCACUCUUCCUCAUCGACAAGUGGAUUACUCUUCUUUAAAAACACAUUCCCGGUCUGAAGAUUGUACUCUGCCAUCUCGGAGAAUUUUAGCAAAGCUUUGGUUGUUAGCUUUGGCUUAAAUAGCAACGACAUGCAAGUAGGUUGUAAGUGUUGAUCUUCUGUUGGGCAAAAAAAGAUGGAUUUGGUCCCAAGAGAUAUAAUCAGUGGUCUUCCAGAUCCUCUGAUUUCUCACAUCUUGUCUUUCCUUCCGACAAAGGAAGCAGCUUCCACAUCGAUUUUCUCUAAAAGGUGGCGUUUUUUGUUUGCGUCUGUAACGAAUCUUGAUUUUGUAUUCGAAGAUGAUGGUGAUGAGGCUUGUACAAGUUUUUUGAAAUUUGUGGAUAGAGUAUUGGCUUUGCAAGGGAAUGCUCUAUUAAGGAGAUUCUCUCUAAACUGUAUUGAAUGCUAUCCUGAUCCAGUUCUUGUCACUGGUUGGAUACACAAUGUGUUGGGACGCGGUGUUUCAGAACUUGACCUAAGCCUCUCGGAAUGUCCCUUGCCUCCCAGGAUCUUUGCUAGCAAGACACUGGUUAGGCUGAGACUAGGACCGACAGAGGAUCUCAGUUUCAGCGUUGAUGCGAAGGAUGUGUUUCUUCCAAAUCUUAAGACUCUCGACAUUGAUUCUGUUGUGUUUCAAGAGAGAGGUUUUGGGUUUAUAAAGCUUCUUGCUGGCUGUCCCGUGCUUGAGGAACUAUUUAUGAUGAAUAUCGGGUGGGCUAAUUGGAGGUUUUGCUCUGUGUAUGUCAAAACACUGAAGAGGCUAACCUUUUUCUGUGAGGACACUGAUGAGAAUCCACAGAGCGUCUCGUUUGAUACUCCAAACCUUGAGUACUUGGAAUAUUCCGACAGUAUUGCGGGCAUGUAUCCUAAAGUGAUUUUCAGCUCGCUUGUUGAAGCUCAUAUCGGCCUUCGACUCUCAGAAGAUCAGAGUGCAAGUGCAAACAUUUUUUCAGAUGAAGAAGGUUAUUCACCGGAAGUUAACGAGGAGAGAGCUAUGGUCGGUAAUGCAACUUAUUUUUUUAAGGGGAUAUGCAAUGUUCGGAUCCUCUAUUUAUCUGCCAAAACUCUCGAGGUACUUACUUUUUGCUGUAAAGAAACGCCAGUAUUCAACAACCUGAUUCAACUGACGAUCGAGAGUAACUCGGAGAUUGGAUGGGACAUACUGCACGGUCUGCUCAUGAAUUGUCCGAAUCUAGAAACCCUUGUUUUUAAGGGUCUUCUCCACAAACGUAACAAUGGAUGUGGGGACUUGUGCUGCUGUAAACGUCUGAAGCAUCCUUCUUGCAUCUCAUCUUCUCCGGUGAAGGUGCUAAAAGUAAUAAUGUCUGAAAACUACGAUGAGGAGGACCCGAGGGAAAUAGAGCAGAUGAAGCAUUUCUUGAAGACAAUGCCGUGUCUUGAACAGUUGAUAGUAUACUACAAUACGUCAUAUGACCCUGCUGUGUUUGAUUUAUCCAAGAAGCUUCAGAAGAUUGAUGGAAUAGCUUCACCAAAGUGCAUGAUCAGCGUCAUCUCUCAGAAUCUUAGUUUGUCAUCUACUGUGCCUUGUUCCUUGGCAAUGAGAUGGUUUACUGCUCCUCCGGAAGAAGAAUAUUCCUUGUCUCCUGCAAUAGAAGCACAUUCAUCUUCUCUUGCAAUAGAAGCAUACUGCUCGUCUCCUUCAGAUGAUGAAUAUUCCUCUUCUCCUGCAACAGAAGCAUAUGGCUCGUCUUCUUCAGAUGAUGAAUUUUUAUGGCUUUGAUCUAAACUCAAGCAAUCAAGACUCCUUUGUUUCUCCUUUUCAUUCAGAUCUGCGUUAAGUAUAAUCAAAGAGAAUAUUGGGGUUACAAACUUAACAUAAGGCUUAUGUUGCUAAGUUCCUUCUUACGGUUUUAAUCAUACAUAGACAUUUAUCAUUUUAUUUCAUUUUUAUGCAUUUUUCCAUUAGAUGAUGUUCCUUUUUUUGAA